AGAGGCAGGAUAGGGUCUGUUACCUCACUGCUAAUUUCCCUAGCAAAUAAACCAACAGAUGCUAGUCCAUGAACCAACUUACCACUGAGAAUAGGGCACUGUAUGCAUGGGAUAGGAUGCUUUCAUGGAGCCCCACAGAGGCACUGCUGGGAUCUUUCAAUGUGAAAUCUACCUCCUCCUCUUAGUCAUAGACAACAACUUCUGCUUUUCCUUUUCAUCUUGCAUUUAGGGAAGUCAUGCAAUCGACGUAGACUUUGGGUGGAGUUUUUUAAAUGCAGAACAUUUCAGAGGCAAAUAUUUACCUCUACAUGUAACUGGUACUAGAAUGGUCAGUACUUAGAAGUCUCUUCUCUGGAAAGGAUUAUCAUCGGAUCAAGUUCUCUCUGCGGUUGCCUUUUUGGAUUAUGAAAUGUGGCCGAGGAUCUUCACGGCUUUCCUUUCCUUUGUAUCAGGUUCUUGUUUCGGGCUGAAGGUGACAGUGCCAUCACACACUGUCCAUGCCAUCAGAGGUCAAGCCCUCUACCUCCCUGUGCACUAUGGCUUCCACACUGUGGCAUCAGACAUCCAGAUCAUAUGGCUAUUUGAGAGACCCCACACAAUGCCCAAAUACUUAUUGAGCUCUGUGAAUAAGUCUGUAGUUCCUGACUUGGAAUACCAGCACAAGUUCACCAUGAUGCCACCCAAUGCUUCUCUGCUCAUUAAUCCACUGCAGUUUGAUGAUGAAGGCAAUUACAUUGUAAAGGUCAACAUUCAAGGAAAUGGAACUCUAUCCUCGAGUCAGAAGAUACAAGUCACUGUUGAUGACCCUGUCACAAAGCCAGUGGUGCAGAAUCAUCCUUCCUCUGGGGCUGUGGAGUAUGUGGGAAACAUGACCCUGACAUGCCAGGUGGAAGGAGGCACCCGGCUAGUUUUUCAGUGGCUAAAAAACGGGAAGCCUGUCCAUACCAGUUCUACCUAUUCUUUUUCUCCCCAAAACAACACCCUUCAUAUUGCUCCAGUGACCAAAGAAGACAUUGGGAAUUACAGUUGCCUUGUGAAGAACCCCGUCAGUGAAAUGGAAAGUGAUAUUAUUACGCCAACCAUAUAUUAUGGACCUUAUGGACUUCGAGUUAAUUCUGAUAAAGGGCUAAAAGUAGGGGAAGUGUUUACUGUUGACCUCGGAGAAGCCAUCCUAUUUGACUGUUCAGCUGACUCUUAUCCCCCUAACAUCUACUCCUGGAUCCAGAAUACUGAAAAUGCAACGUAUGUCAUUAAGCAUGGGCCUCUCUUGGAAGUUGCGUCGGACAAGGUAGCCCAGAAGACAACUGACUUUGUGUGCUGUGCUUACAACAAUGUAACUGGGAGGCAAGAUGAAACUCGUUUCACUGUAGUCAUCACGUCUGUAGGACUGGAGAAGCUCGCACAAAAUGCAAAAUCAUUGUCCCCUUUAGCUAUUAUAACUGGAAUAUCACUAUUUUUGAUUAUAUCCAUGCUUCUUCUCUUCAUAUGGAAAAAAUAUCAACCCUACAAAGUUAUAAGACAGAAGUUAGAAGGAAGGCCAGAAACAGAAUACAGGAAAGCUCAAACAUUUUCAGGCCAUGAAGAUGCUCUGGAUGACUUCGGAAUAUAUGAAUUUGUUGCUUUUCCAGAUGCUUCUGGUGUUUCCAGGAUGCCAAGCAGGUCUGUUCCCACCUCUGAUGGAGUAUCAGGGCAAGAUUAUCACAGCACAAUUUAUGAAGUUAUUCAGCACAUCCCUGCUCAACACCAAGACCAUCCAGAACCUGGAAAUCCAUAGAAGAGUUCACAUAUCUCUUACAUCUCUUCACCAGGUGAGUUUUCCUGGGCAGAGCAGUACUUUGGAGUGAAGUAACAAAGAAACAUCUAAGGACAAAUAGUGGAAAUGCAUAUCCAUCUGGAAACAGUAAAGAAAUCGACCUCUUACUUUUACUCCAGUACCUCUUACUACUUCUUUUACAUGCAGAGCAGAGGCAUCUAUUGUCAGCAGUGGACUUCAGGUUUUCCAGUCUACACAGAAUGUGUUGUAUAACCAGGGAACAUGGGGGACAUUCUUUAUCAUGCCGACUGAGAGAAAGAAAAGAAUGAAGUUUUCCUGUCAGUCUUUUUAUAUCAAAUUUUUGUAAAAAGCACCAAUUCAUUCUAACUUCUACUUUCACUUUCACCAACCUUGACCCUAUCUUAUCUUACCUACAAAUGUAGAAACUCUACAUUUGCAAAUUUCUCAUCAGGCUUUAUUUUAUUAAAUUCUCAUGACUAAAUUUUUAUUUCCAAAUUUAUUUCUUAUUAUUUGCAUCACAAAAGUAAGACUGUGCCUUCUGCCUGGUUGUCAACCAACUUGUUUGUCAAGAAUGUUUUUUAAAAGACUUAUGAAAUUGCCAAGGAAAGGAUUUAUUAAAGUUUCAUUUAAUUUUUGUUCAAAGAAAAAGGAAUCAAAAUAAAUACUGUGUUUUUGCUUUUA